UAUUUUCAUCGACUAAAAGUUCUCAAACAAAUAUCAUACUUUUUUUAAUUAAUAAGAAAGAAAAGAGUGAAUAAUAAAAUAAGAAUUUGAAUCAUAAAAAAAAAUGAUUUAUCAAUUAAUUCGCCAAUAAUUAUUAAAUGCGUUAUAAUAGAACUUGGCAACACUGUUACGAAAUGAAAUAAUUCAGUGCAUUUCAUAGUCAUAUGUUUUCUGUCAUGAAAGAGUUGCUGUCAAAUUUAGUGUCAUUCGUGAAUAUUCUGUAAGUGGGAAGAUAAAGAUUGUCAAGAACACUUCUUCAAUACACGAUAUUCUUCGUAUAUAUCUGCAUCUGCGUUACCAAGAAUAAAGGCAACGUAACCUAUCUUUUAACUCGCAUUCAAAUUCUCUUUUUAUUAAUUUACCACAAACGAUAAUACUUUAAACGUCAUAUCCUAAGAGUAAAACACAUUUUACAACUUGGAAAAUCAACGUUUCAAGUUGUCACGUGAAACACGCAAUUUUUAUAUGGUAUUUCAGUAUAAAAUAAACAAAAGUAUUACACUUUCCCAGAAUCAAUAUAAAAGAUUUUAUAAAAAAUUGUUGUAUAAAAAAUACAUUUUAAAAUAUAACAAAGGAUUAAUAAAUAAAGAAUUACAAAGUAUUUACAAAGUAUUUCUAAUAUAAUAUGAAUAGGAUAACUAAUAGUGCAACAGCAAGACUGAAACAAGAUUAUUUGCGUCUUAAAAAAGACCCUAUACCAUAUGUUGUUGCAGAACCAGUUCCUUCUAAUAUAUUAGAAUGGCAUUAUGUAGUAAAAGGCCCAGAGAAAACUCCCUAUGAAGGAGGAUUUUAUCAUGGGAAACUUAUAUUUCCAGUAGAAUUUCCAUUUCAGCCUCCUAGCAUUUAUAUGACUACUCCUAAUGGCAGAUUUAAAGUCAAUACAAGAUUAUGUUUAUCUAUUUCUGAUUUUCAUCCUGAUACAUGGAAUCCAGCAUGGAGUGUGUCUACUAUUCUUACAGGAUUACUUAGUUUCAUGAUUGAAAAUAGUCCUACCAUGGGUAGUAUCAACACAUCAGAUUAUGAGAAGAAACAAUUUGCUGCACAGAGUUUGGAAUAUAAUUUAAAGGACAAGUUGUUUUGUGAACUUUUUCCAGAAACUGUUGAGACAAUAAAGGCAGAAUUAGAACAUAGAAAAGAAUUAGAAAAACAGGCAAGGCAUCAAUCCACAGCUUCAGAAGUUUCUUCGCUAUUACGUGACCAAUUGCAAAGGGAUCAAAGUCCAUUGUAUAAUGUGCUCACCAAUCUUGUUGUCAUCAUAGGAUUCGCGGCCUUUGCUUUUACAGUAAAAUACGUAUUGUGGAGCGUUGCCACAGAAUAAGUAAAAAAAAAAUGAAUGUAUAGGAUUUGUUCUUUGUUUUUUAUGUAUAGGGAGAAAAGUGGAAAAAAGUUGUGAUAAUGAUGCGUGCAGAUCUUGAAAAAAAGUAUUAAAAAUUCAAUUGGGACUUUGUCCAUAAUUGUCGAAUUAACGCGAAGAAUCUAUUUAAUCUUCUGGUUUUUAAAUACGCUGAUAUAUUAUGGGCGUUUGAUAGACUUUUAUAUCAAAGUUACUUGUAAAAAACAAGUUGUAUUAUAUUUGCAAAUUUUAAACAUGAUAAUCGUGAAACAAUGGUAAUAAUUCCUUGAAGAAUUCUACAUAAGAGCGUUUAUCAU